UAUGAUACUGCCAGAGCGCCCAAAUCGAAGCAGGUGGUUUUCUAGGACGACCAUUUCUCGAGCCUUUGACCUAAAGGUCUAAUCCGCAAGGCAGUAGAGAAACGUAAGGAGAUGCAGUCCCAUGGUAGCCGGUGACCAACAAUAGGUUCAUACGUCAUUUAUUCCCUCAGGAUCCGGCAGUCCAUGGAAUCAGGAUUUUUCAACUCCCAUAGGUGGAUCCUCUAUAUUCACCAAUCCGGUUAAAGCGCCAGACAUUUGCCUUUCUCCCUCUCACUUUCGUAAACAACAUGCCAGCCGCGAGAAGGCAGUGAUUAGGACUUUCCUGGUAGUGGCUGUAUACCCGUCGCCAUAUGAGAGCAUUUCAAGAGGGAGAGUUGACUCUCCUCACCCUCGGUUGUGCCGGGGCUAAAUGUUUAUCAUAAAUGUGAAUGAUAAAACAAACCUAAUUGUAUGUAGAAAGUAUUUAUAUGUUGUCACUAGACAAAAAACUAAUUAGUAGAUUAGCAUAUAAAUUCCUGAACGUAAUGUUGUCUCACCUAAAAUUAAAAUCCAUAAAAAACCUAAUGGAGUCAAAUGAAGAUACUAUUCGUCUGUAAAGUUGUUCUCAAUUGAUUAGGUUCCUCUUCUGGAUCCGCGUGAUAUUCGUGAUGCAUGUUUUCAAACAUAAUUUAACAUGAUCCAACAUCGAUCACAGGUUGAUGUUUAUAUAAUUUUAUCUGUGAGUUCAUACGUAACUUAUGUAUAGAAUAGUAGAUAUGUACUCAUAGAUAAUUUUAAAUAGUUUAAAGCUCUCUGUCUUUCGUUGCUUUUUUUCCAUUUUGAUAUCGGUUUGUUAUACAAAUCAAUUUAAACGUAUCCAGGGCUUUUAAUCCCAACCUAAACUAAUGAAAAUAAAUUGUUAUUAGUUCUUUCGUCAAGCUAUUACUUUUUCAGUCUAAACUAAGUGGUUUAAUAUGUUUGUUUAUUUAGAGGGACAUGGAAAAUUUGUGCAUACCCUGUUACUGGUAUUCUAAUUAAUGUAUUAAUUUCUCCUUUUUUAAUCCAUGAUCCAGUUAUCCAACUAUUUAAAUAUAUCCACACCUAUCAAUAGUCAACUAAUAUGUGAUCAUAUUGUCCACCCAGGGACAUCUCCAAGUUCCAGUGAUAUGGAAGAUCCUGAACCACUGACUGAUAUGGAGUCUCGUGAUGUGGUGGAUAUUUUAUCUCGAUCAGUGCCGUCGCCAGAUCCGAAUAAUUCUUCCGAUUCACAGCAUAAUACAUAUAGGAAAACUACUCUAUGUUCAUUAUCUCAACUUUCAUCGCCUAUUUUAAAAGAUGAGGAUAACGCUGUCAGUACUGAUGUUAUGUUUUCAACGUAUGAAAAAUCCGAUAAAAAAUCAAAACUACAAAAUGGCUGGGUUAGUGACAGUGUUUGUAGUUCUAUUUCUCCGUCAUUUCCUCCACCUCCACUACCUCCUAGACGAUUGUCUACAACAUCUAAAGAACAAGAGGCGACUGGUUAUUUAAAACCUAUGGUAGUUAAUGAUUCAAAUGUAAAUGAAUUAAAUUUCUAUAGUCCUGUGAAGUUGUACACACGUGAUAGUCAAGAUGAGAUACUUGUUAUUCGUCUACCAUUACUAAUUAAUUCUUCAUCAAACUACACCCAUAAUGUUAACGAAGAAACGGGAAAUUUGGGUUUGCAUCUUGUAAGCUGUUCUAAUUCCGAGAGUAUGGCUACAUUUGUUGCAAGCUGUCAAACGGAUUCUAGUGGCGGUCUUGAGUGUGGAGAUGAAAUUGUACAGGUUGAAGACGUCAAUGUCUGUGGGUUAGAUCAUAUUUCCGUUCAACAGAUUAUCCACUCAAAAAUUACCGAAUUAAUGUCGAAUAAGUAUUCAAUCAAUAACUCAAGUAAUAAUUAUUUUAGUGGUAUUGAUAAUAAUGGACAAGUGAGUGAUUCUGAUCAAUCAGUUAUCAAAUCUUUCGUUACACUAAUCAUAAGACGAAAUCCAAAAAAUUUGUCAUUAAUGUCAUUUUCACGGGAGCGCAAUGAUUCACCGUUGAGUGUAGAUAAUUUGACUGGUAGCACCUGUUCAAAAGUGUUAUCGUCAUCACCACCUAAUCCAUUACCAACUGGUUCAAAGCCAAUUCCACAUACAUUUCUAAAAGAGAUCAUGGUUGAAUUAAAUGAAGAUUUUUGGAAAUUUCAACUAUUCGACAUUAUAUUGGAGAGAGGUUCAGACGGUUUCGGUAUUUUCAUCGUUAAUUUGAGUCCAAACAAUGAACCUGGUGUAUUCGUCAGCGAAAUCCGUCCAAACAGCCCAGCACAACUACAAGGAGUUCUUAAACCUCAUGAUCGUAUACUAGCUAUUGAUGGUCAACUUCAAUGUGAUUAUGAAAGUACACUGGAAUUGUUGCAAAAAUCAAGAAAAUCUGUACGCCUAACCAUCGGUAGACAAAUACCUUGUCACAGUGACUCACAACAAAUGCUACAAUUUGGAUAUGUAACUACAACAGGGGAUAAUCCAGACAAUGAUAUAAAGCAUCAUAAAUUAUCCAUUAUACCUGGGAUUCCUGCUACAGUUACUCUGUACAAGACUGACGGAGGUCUCGGAUUCUCGAUUGUCGGUGGAAGUGACACAGUUUUGAGUAACAUUUUGGUCCAUGAAGUACACUCUGGUGGAGCUGCUGCACGUGAUGGUCGGCUUCAAGUUGGUGACCGCUUAUUAGCUGUCAAUGGGAUCGAUCUUCGUGAAGCUACCCAAAAAGAUGCCACAAAGAUUAUACGAACAGCUGAUGACUGUAUCCAAUUGGUUGUGUACAGAGAUCCUGAACCACAAUAUAUAAAUCAAGGUGUAUUCGAAUGUCAUAAUGUUCACUUGAAACGUGAUAUGCCUGGACAAAGUUUUGGUCUGUCAUUGAUUGGUCGACCUCAUUAUUCGACUGGUACAGCUAUUGGAGGCAUUAUAGAGAAUAGUCCAGCUGCUCGUUCAAAUCUUUUGGAAGUUGGUGAUAUAAUUUUAGAAAUUAAUGGUUGGGAUAUGCGUUUGGCUAAAUCAGAUGAAGUAGUCAAUUUAUUAAAGAAUGCACAUAGCGACGUGAAGUUAUUGAUUGGACGUUACAAAACUGGGCCAUCAAUGCAUGCCUAUCCUCGAAAUCGAUUAAAUGUCUAUGUGGUUGUACUUGAACGUCGUCAAUUUGGCUUUUGUAAUGAUCGUCCUCAGGCGGGAAAACCUUAUUCUAAUGAUCCUGAUAUUCUUGUUGAUUCUGUCUGUCAAAAAACUGAUGAAAAUGAAUUACACGAUUUAAAAUCAUCAACCAACUGUAUUACCGUAAACAGCGAUCAGAAGAUUAGUGGUGAUGACGGUAAUAAUAACAAUGAUGAAAUUGCUUCAGCUGCAUUCGGUUUGCGUAUUCGUUAUGCGAGUUCACAAGAAUUAUGGGACUCACACAUUCGACUAAUCGUAGAUAGUAUUCAACAUGACAGUCCAGCAGAUCGAUUAGGAAUGAUAAUGCCGGGUGAUCGCCUGUUAAGUAUAGAUCGUGAACCGGUAGAUUGGUUGAACCCAACCGAAGUGGUCCAGCUAUUAGCUAAUCUACUGUAUUGUACAAUUGAAUUAGGUCGUUUACCGUAUUUCAACGCACCAUUAUCUGCUAACAAUAAUUCUAUAUCAGAUAAGUGCUUUAAGCCUUCUCCACCACAGGUCACUUCGUCAUUAUCUCCAUCUCAUCGAAUUCAACAAGAUGAACAUGAUAUGUUUCCACCUUAUCCACCUCCGUCACUAGAACUGCCGACAUUAUUUGGUGGUAUUAUGCCAUGUAUUGAAACACCAAGCUUUUUAAGAGAUAUGUGCACUUUGCCUGAACUACAAGAUGAAGAUGAUGAAAGUAAGAAUAAUAAAAUUAGAUUUGGACAUCGUGAGAAUGAUAAUCAUUAUCGGUUACCUGAAUCUACUUAUUGUGCAAUUAAUUCAAACAAUCAACAAGACCAAAUUGAUUCAAUGUUGAAUAUGACACCUUUAAAUGAAGAAGAAAUUGAAAAGGCUUUAGAAUUAGCUGGAAGAGGCAGUGGAGGAUUUUUUGUACGACAGAUUUAUUUACCAGCCGCACCAGUUAAUACUAACAAUAACACCAAUUCUAGUCAUAUAUCAAAUAUUCAUUUAGGUUUACGUUUAGUUAGUGGCCCAGGUGUUAGUGGACCAGUUGUUGUUCGUAUUGAGCCGAAUUCAUGUGCUUCUAGAACCGAUAUUCAGAUUGGUGAUCGUAUUCUGGGUCUAGAUGAUAAACUGUUACUUUCUUUACGUCAAGAUAAUCAUUCUGCUGAUGAUAUACUAUGUACAAUUGAAAAUGAUUGGAUUACACGUUCAAUAAAUUCUCAGUUGACUUACGAACAAAAUCCCUGUUGUUUAACAAUUAUUAGUUAUCAUAGUUUACCAUUGUUUAGUUCACUUGGUAAACAAGAAAAUGAUUCUAAAAUUGAAGAAAAGAAUUCAAAUAAAAACCUAGAAAAUAAUGCACAACUUACUAUAUCUUUAACAAAUUUACAUCUAACCAAUGGUAAUACUUCUAAUUGUCAACAUAGCAUUAGUAGUAUUGAUAUGGGAAAUCCGAAAAAUCACGUGGUAUCUGAUACUACUACUCCUUUACCAUUCGAAUCCAAAUCACCUAUGAGUAAAUUCCAACAAAAUGGAGGAGUUGGGCACCCUCAUUCAGAUGAGGAGCUACAUCCAAAUUCACCAUCAUUACAUAAUCACCGCUAUGAAUUGUCUCUUGAACCAAGCGAUGAUGUCAUACAUCGCUUACCGAAUAAAAAUCUGUUUGUAGAUGACGCGAUCCACGUGAUAUGCGAAAAUGCUAGUACUACUAACAACAAAAAUAAUGGACAACAUUCAUCAUGUGUUGAAUCGGUAUCAUCACUUUCAACACCGCCACCUGACAAUGAUGGCGUUAUGUGCAAUCGCCCAUUGAUGAAUAUAAAUCGUAAAUUUUCUAUUCAGAAUAAUCAACAUGUCUAUAAUAACAAUGGGAUUAUGAAUAACAAAGCAUGCCUUUAACACCGACAAUAACAACAGAAAUAUACAAUGAUAUAUCUAAACAAACAGGCUCGUAUAAAUAUAAAUAAAAUGAAUACAAUGAUUUGUAUUUGGUUUUCUCCUUUUCUUAUGUAAUAUUUUAUUCUAAACACUUGGUUUGUUUAUUUCAAAUUGUUAAUAUGCUGAUUUAUUAUUUUUUUUGAUUGAGAUUUGUGUUAAGAAUAAUUCUAUUAUUACCCCUCUCUCUCUCUGCGUAAUUUUUUUCUGAAUAAAAAAUCAUCAAUUAUUAUUUGUAAAAUGAAAAAUAUUCCCUUUUAUCAUCAAUUAUCCUCUAUCAAAAAAUCACACAGACAGUUCAGCCAAUUAGUAGUGACUGUCGUUGGUGCAGUUGGGACUAGGAAUUUCAGAACAAUUUAUCCACUCUGUAAUUCGAUUGCGAAGUGCAAGUUGCUCGUUUCUGAAAAAUAUUAUAAUUAUUAGCUUCAUUCAUUUUUUUCAACUACACUUUAUGUCUAUCAUAAUUAAAAGGAUUUCAAUGUUGCAUACUUCCCUUUUUCCGAAUGUGAAAUUCUUUACCUAAUUUGAUUAUUUUUACGAAUCUGGAAAGUAAUUUCUUACAUGAAAUCAACAUAUAAUUGUGAAUAUAUGGAUAUUUUUGAUUCAGUAUAUAUAAACAAAUAAAAUGAGCACUGUCAUCAAAUACAGUUAUUGUGCAACCUUUCAA